AUGAAUAAAUAGAGACGUUAGAAAAUAUUGCCAAUACAAUAGAUUUAGGCUAAACUUAAAUAACUUAAAUAAAGUAUUCGAGCUAGCGAGAUUAAGUCUUUGAGAUCCUCAUGUUUAUUUACUGAAACCACUCCAAUUGAAAAAUUAGAUAUUAAAGCAAAUUAGAAUCAAAAUAACAGUGUAGAUGGAAGGACCAUGUAUGUAAAGCCUUCUUUCAAGAAAAAGAUGAAAACUACUAAAAGGUAAUUAAGGAAAUAAGUAAAGUCCUCAAUCAAUGAAAGUGAAAACAAGUUCAAUGAUUACCCAAUCCAUAACUACAGUAUCUCCAAAGAAGCCAUUAAAAGAUUUAUUAAAAAGUUAUAUUAAAAGCAAAAUUCCGAAAAGUAGAACAACUUCUAAAUCAAAAUCACCUUAAAAGUUAAAAAAAAUCUCGAGUCCUUAAUAAAGAUAGAAUAGAAGUUAAAGCAAAAAGAAGCAAAAAUAAAAACAAAAAACAAUAGUGAGUCCAUAAAUGAAGAAAUCUAAAAAGCAAAAAACCUAAGUGCAAUAUUAUCAACCAUAAAUAAGUAAGAUCAGUUCAAUAAGAUUAAAUACAUUUUCAGUGAGCGAAGAUCCUCAGAAAAUGUUAUUAAAUUCUAUAAUUGAAGAAUUGUAAUUAAUGAAUGAAAAAUAAAUGAUUGAAUUAUAAUAGUUUUUAAAAAACAUCAANUUAUAUAUAAUAAAUAGAAAAUGCUUAAAUUACUCUAAAAGAAGCUAAUAUCAUUAUGCCUGAUAAUAAUAUUUAAUUAAUCUAUGAUAUGUUUGGCAACAGAUACGCUAUUCCAAUCUUUGUUAUCAAUUUACCUGUAUCCUAUAUCUAAAAUGAAAAUUACAAUUAAAAUUAUGAGGAAAAGAUUCUUACUGUAAUGGAUUACACAUAUUAUUAUUAGUUUAAAAUUAGGAGUGCAAGAUGGGAAGAUGAUUUACAUGUUACUUAUAACAAUACAAAUAAGAUUGAUUUAUUGAUUAACGAAUUAAAGAUUAAAGAAAAUUUGUAAAAUGUUAGAUUGUUUCUAAAUGGUUAAGAAAUGAUGAAGGAUUAAGUUUUUGGAUAUUAUAAUAUUAAUAAUGAGUCUAUUGUACAAGCAUUCCUAUUUUGA